AUGGAGGCGCUACGACCCGGACUUCCAGCCAGCCUUUUUCAGGCACCUCAUUGUCCUGGCCUUGGAACUGUUGGGAAGCCAAUCCGUCUUCUAGCCAAUCAUUUUCAGGUUCAGAUUCCAAAAAUAGAUGUCUAUCACUAUGACGUGGAUAUCAAACCAGAAAAACGGCCUCGUAGAGUUAACAGGGAGGUGGUAGAUACAAUGGUAAGACACUUUAAAAUGCAGAUAUUUGGUGAUCGGCAGCCGGGCUAUGAUGGCAAAAGAAACAUGUAUACGGCUCACCCACUGCCUAUUGGACGGGAUCGGGUGGAUAUGGAGGUGACUCUUCCUGGUGAGGGCAAAGACCAGACCUUUAAAGUUUCAAUUCAGUGGGUAUCUAUAGUAAGUCUUCAGCUACUUUUGGAAGCAUUGGCUGGGCAUUUGAAUGAAGUACCUGAAGAUUCUGUACAGGCACUAGAUGUAAUCACAAGGCAUCUGCCUUCUAUGAGGUAUACGCCUGUUGGCCGUUCGUUCUUCUCUCCUCCUGAAGGUUACUACCACCCUCUGGGAGGGGGAAGGGAAGUUUGGUUUGGCUUCCACCAGUCUGUGAGACCUGCUUUGUGGAAUAUGAUGCUGAAUAUUGACGUAUCUGCUACUGCUUUCUACCGUGCCCAGCCUAUUAUUGAGUUCAUGUGUGAGGUUUUAGACAUUCAAAACAUCAAUGAACAAACAAAACCUCUUACAGACUCCCAGCGUGUCAAGUUUACCAAAGAAAUCAGAGGUCUUAAAGUCGAGGUUACCCACUGCGGACAGAUGAAACGAAAAUAUCGAGUUUGUAAUGUAACUAGACGACCUGCCAGCCAUCAAACUUUUCCUCUACAGCUGGAAAAUGGUCAGGCCAUGGAAUGUACAGUAGCCCAGUAUUUUAAACAGAAGUAUAGUCUGCAGCUGAAAUAUACCCAUCUUCCUUGUCUCCAAGUGGGACAAGAACAAAAGCACACUUAUCUUCCUCUUGAGGUCUGUAAUAUUGCAGCGGGACAGCGAUGUAUCAAGAAAUUAACUGACAAUCAAACAUCAACCAUGAUCAAAGCGACUGCAAGAUCUGCUCCUGACAGACAGGAGGAAAUCAGCAGACUAGUGAAAAGUAACAGCAUGGUGGGUGGACCUGAUCCAUACCUAAAGGAAUUUGGUAUUUUUGUUCACAAUGAAAUGACAGAGUUAACAGGCAGAGUGUUGCCAGCACCAAUGCUACAAUAUGGAGGCAGGAAUAAAACAGUAGCUACGCCAAACCAAGGUGUAUGGGAUAUGCGAGGAAAACAGUUUUAUGCUGGCAUUGAGAUUAAAGUGUGGGCUGUUGCUUGUUUUGCUCCUCAGAAACAAUGCAGGGAAGAUCUGUUAAAGAGUUUCACAGAUCAGCUCCGGAAGAUUUCUAAGGAUGCUGGGAUGCCCAUUCAAGGUCAGCCAUGUUUUUGCAAGUAUGCACAGGGAGCAGAUAGUGUGGAACCCAUGUUUAAACAUCUGAAGAUGACUUAUGUUGGUCUGCAGCUGAUAGUCGUGAUCUUACCUGGGAAGACACCAGUGUAUGCGGAGGUGAAACGUGUUGGUGAUACCCUCUUAGGAAUGGCCACUCAAUGUGUUCAGGUGAAAAAUGUAGUAAAGACUUCUCCCCAGACUCUCUCUAAUCUCUGCCUGAAGAUAAAUGCAAAACUUGGUGGAAUUAACAAUGUCCUUGUACCCCAUCAAAGGCCUUCAGUGUUCCAGCAACCUGUCAUCUUUUUGGGAGCAGAUGUUACUCACCCUCCUGCUGGAGAUGGGAAGAAGCCUUCUAUUGCUGCAGUGGUUGGUAGCAUGGACGGACACCCUAGCCGAUACUGUGCUACAGUUCGAGUACAGACUUCCCGCCAGGAGACCUCCCAGGAGCUCCUGUUUAGCCAGGAAGUGAUCCAGGACUUGACUAAUAUGGUUCGAGAACUUCUAAUCCAGUUCUACAAAUCGACACGCUUCAAGCCCACCCGCAUCAUCUAUUAUCGUGGAGGGGUCUCCGAAGGACAAAUGAAGCAGGUAGCUUGGCCAGAAUUAAUAGCAAUUCGAAAGGCAUGUAUUAGCUUGGAAGAAGAUUACCGCCCAGGUAUAACAUACAUUGUUGUGCAGAAAAGGCAUCACACUCGACUCUUCUGUGCAGACAAAACAGAAAGGGUGGGGAAAAGUGGUAAUGUACCAGCAGGUACUACUGUGGACAGCACUAUCACACAUCCAUCUGAAUUUGACUUCUACCUCUGUAGUCAUGCAGGAAUUCAGGGAACCAGCCGCCCAUCCCAUUACCAGGUCUUAUGGGAUGACAACUGCUUUACUGCAGAUGAGCUUCAACUUCUGACUUACCAACUCUGUCAUACCUAUGUUCGAUGUACCCGCUCAGUCUCCAUUCCAGCCCCAGCUUACUAUGCCCGGUUGGUGGCUUUUAGAGCAAGAUAUCACCUGGUGGAUAAGGAUCAUGACAGUGCUGAGGGAAGUCACAUGUCAGGACAGAGCAAUGGCCGGGAUCCCCAGGCCCUGGCCAAGGCUGUCCAGAUCCACCAUGAUACCCAGCAUACAAUGUAUUUUGCCUGA